GUAAUAUCCCAGUUCUCUGCACCUGGUUUUACCCGCCGAGUUUCUGUAGUAUUACACUUCGGUGUUGAGAAUACAUCACAUAAUCCACAGCGUUACAUCUUGUGAACAACACCUAUGUGCUGCAGUGGCUUGGUGUAUGCCUUACAGAGCUCUUGAGAGUGAGAAGUACUCAAUAUCAUGGGAAAGUGCCCUGAAGAUGGAUGGGAUGAAAGCACCAUUGAACUCUUCCUUCAUGAACUUGCCAUAAUGGACAGCAAUAAUUUUCUGGGCAACUGCGGUGUGGGAGAGAGGGAAGGCAGAGUGGCGUCAGGACUUGUUGCCCGAAGGCACUAUAGGUUGAUCCAUGGAAUUGGAAGAUCAGGAGAUAUUUCUGCAGUCCAGCCUAAAGCUGCAGGGUCUAGCCUUUUGAACAAGCUUACUAAUUCAGUUGUUCUGGAUAUUAUAAAGCAGGCUGGUGUCCGGACGGUGACCAAUUGCUUUGUGGUUCCUAUGGCAACUGGCAUGAGUCUAACUCUGUGUUUUUUAACAUUGCGGCACAAGAGACCAAAGGCAAAAUACAUUAUUUGGCCACGUAUAGACCAGAAAUCUUGCUUUAAAUCGAUGAUAACUGCAGGUUUUGAGCCUGUGGUGAUAGAGAAUGUAUUAGAAGGCGAUGAGCUACGGACAGAUAUUGAAGCAGUGGAGGCUAAAAUCAAAACUCUUGGUGCUGAAAAUAUUCUUUGUGUGCAUUCUACAACAUCUUGCUUUGCUCCAAGGGUACCUGAUAGGCUGGAGGAAUUGGCUAAAAUUUGUGCUAAUUAUGACAUUCCCCAUAUUGUCAACAAUGCAUAUGGAGUUCAAUCUUCAAAAUGUAUGCAUCUUAUCCAGCAGGGUGCUCGAGUAGGCAGAAUAGAUGCUUUUGUUCAGAGCCUGGACAAAAAUUUUAUGGUUCCAGUAGGUGGUGCUAUCAUUGCUGGCUUCAAUGAGUCCUUCAUUCAGGAGAUCAGCAAAAUGUAUCCAGGAAGAGCUUCUGCAUCUCCUUCUUUAGAUGUCCUCAUUACACUUCUGUCUCUAGGUGCCAGUGGCUACAAACAGUUACUGAAAGAGAGAAAGGAAAUGUUUUCCUAUCUUUCAAGUGAGUUGAAGAAGUUGGCAGAUAUCCACAAUGAGAGACUGCUGGAUACACCGCAUAAUCCCAUAUCCUUAGCCAUGUCACUGAAGAAUCUAGAUGAAAAUAAUGAUGCUGCUGUUACCCAGCUUGGAUCUAUGCUUUUUACAAGACAAGUUUCAGGAGCAAGCUUCUGCUGUGGACUGAAUGUGAUUUUCUGUAUCAGUGCUGAUUGUUUCCACAUCGGAAGGGUUGUUCCUCGUGGGUCUGUGCAAACAGUGAAUAACUACACUUUCAAAGGCUUUAUGUCACAUGCAAAUGACUACUCCUGUGCUUACCUUAAUGCUGCAUCAGCUAUUGGAAUUAAAAAGCAAGAUGUAGACAUCUUCCUAAAAAGACUGGACAAGUGUUUGAAGGCUUCUAGGAAAGGGAAAGAAAGUGUGAAUGAAACAUGUACAGCUAACACAGGCACAGACCAACUUGAAGACCAGAAAGUACAGACAUAGUAACAAAGGAAGAUGCACUUUUGUUUGAAGUAUGCAGGUUUGUACUGGACUAGCACUGUGAAUCUGAAGUGCAGAGAAUUUGGUCCUGAUCUGAAAAGAACACUGAAAAAUUUUGGGGUGAAAUUUAGGUUUAAAGGAAAUAGGUGAUUUUCUCCUAUUCUCUCUUAUGGGAAAGUAAGCAUUUUGCACCAUGUAAAUGUACUUAAUAUGCCAAAGUAAAGCUCUGCAUUCAUAAAAGCCUUCAGCUGACCUGUCAGUCUGUGGGUGACUGUUGGGGCUGGUGUUCAUCAGGUCACAGAAUAUUUAAGCACAUUUUGAUUAACUAGAUCUUCUGUAGCAGUGAUUAAAUUUCUUUUGUCUAGCUAUACAACCAACAAGAAAUGUUUUACUGCUCUCAAAAUGUCUUGCUUUUACUCAGCUUACUUUCUAUUUUUCUUUUAUUUCCGAAGAUUUAUAUAGAAGUGUUGGGAUAACCCUUAGUAAAUACAGUGUUGAAACUGGAUGAAGAAACUGUGGAGUUGGAAUAAUGGUCUUUUUAGGCACUCUUACCUCUCAUGAGCUGCCUAGAACAAAGCAGCCCUCAGUGGCAAAGAACUUAGAAUACCUAAUAUCCUGUUAGUACUCAGCUCUUGGAAACAUUUGCAUAGCUCAGCAACCUGAAGGAAUUUUGAGGGAGUGCAAUGAUGAAAAUGUGAGGCAGUGGAGUGAGAGUUGCCCUCUGUAUACAUUUCAUCUCUUCUUUGGUAGUUGCUCAUGAAUAGAGCAGUCAGGUCAGAGAUCCGCUCAAAAGGUGGAAUGCUUUGUGGGAUGACUGCAGCAGUUUCAAGAUCCAGUGAGACCAGAGGAUGUUUUGGCAUUUUUAACCCAGUGUUUUUAAGAGUUAUAGACAUCUGCUUCUGCAUCUUCUGCCAUUGGCACUGUUGUCUGUGUUUGAAUUCAUUAAUGGAACUGAUUUGAAUUCAUUAAUGGAACAGUGGAUUCAGAGUCUGUUCCUGAAACAAAGGUUCCAUAUCACUGGAAUGACAGUGCUGUAGGUUACAAAAAUUUUUGUUAAUUAUUCUUGAAUGUAAUUAACACACUGUAUGUAGAUUUUUAUGUCGUUUACUGUUCAAAGUGAGCUUAGCAUUUGAAUACAUCUUGCUUUAUUUGUAAUGCAGUAAUCCUUGGGACACUGCAGUUAAUGAGUUCUUAAUGUCAGGAAACAUUCUUGUUACUUUGUUUUGUGGGAUCUGAGACGCAUAUCCUCAGAGCCCUCUGCAAACUGCCUUAUCAGUAUAGAUAGUGCUUUUGAAAGAAUUGUCCCUCUGCUGUGCUCAAAUGAAUUUAUACAAGAGGUGAUGUUAAUAUGUGGAACUAUUGUAUGCUGGUUGCCAUCGAGGUGGCCUGACUCAGUGAAGUUCAUUGUAUCUUUAGCCUAAAUUGAACUGCUGCUCCUACAUCGUUAUUGCUGCAGUUACGCUUCAGGCCCAAUAAGGCUUGUGGAAGUGAGGGCUCUCAGGAGUCAGUUGGUACUUGUUGUACCAUCAUGUCUUAAGAGAAAGGUAAUGCAGCUUGACCACUGAGUCCUUGUGGCCAUAACUAGAUGUAAAUAUUGUUUUGUUUUGAUCUGAGAUGAUGCUAUACCAGUUUUUCUAGUCAGUAAAGCUCUCAUUCAGCCUUGGGAGACAGAGCUGUGCAGCUCACCCUGCACUCAGCGUAUUGGAGCAGCCAGUGAAAACCACAGGGCCUUAGUGAUGCCUUUCUUCCUGUUUUGGGAUAUUGUUGUCUUGUGCUUGAAUGAGUGUCAGUUAGUGAUUUAAUUGGUUAUUGCAGAUCACACAUAUUAGAGUUAUUGUUAUGAGAGCUUAGGGUGGUAUGUGGUAGUAGCUACAAUAAGGAUUUGAUAAGCAGUAUCCUGAAACUGAAAACAAAGCAGCAAUUGCCUUUUCUGAGAGGAAAAGACCUCUGCCUUUUAUGUUCCUGUAAUAAAUUGUCUGCUGCAAAUAAUUCACUCUCUUCUACUCUAGAUUGAACUGCUUUCUCAGAUAGUGUUUCUCCUGCCUUCAAAAUGUUUCCCAUUUGAAAUCAAACAUAAAAGUUUCAACACAUCUCUCUGAACAAGUAUUCAGGGAAAGAAUUAAAGUGUUUCAUUCUGAUGCUGUGCUUUUAAACAUUGUAUUUUUCUAAUUGAAAAACAUUUUAAGAUGAGACUUCUGGUUAUUUUUUUAUUUUUUAUUUUUUUUUUUUUUUGCAUUAGUGUCACUAGGGCUUUUCACAGGUCUCAGUGAUGCUACCUGAAACCACACAGUUUGAAAUACUUUGAAAAUUGUGCCCAUUGUGAGGUAUGAUCUCUUGAACUAAAUAUCAGUGUUAUGUUACUUUGGUAUGUUUUCUUUUACCAGUUCACAGUUUUAUUUCCUUGCUUUGUUCCUUUAAGCGUGUUAAGCUGUAAUGCAUACUGAGUUUUUAGAGACAGAAGCAUAAUAUAAUAUCAUGGUUAUAUUUAAAUUUAAAUAAAUGGAGAAGAAAUGGUUAUUUAUGACAUACUUGAAACAGGAGAUUCAAUAGAUAAACUUCGUAUUUUUCAAGGAAGAAUAUAAGCCACUUAUUCUCUAUUCACUGAUGUCUAUAAUGAGGUAAUAAAAUAAUACUGGAACACACA